UGGGAUUACGUGGCUUCUCCUUGAUGACAGUCUUCACGAUGACCCUCCCUGGGCUGCCACAGCAUCGAUGACUACGUUCUUCACAUCUUAUCUUGAGUCGCAUGCAUUUUUGUUCCUCCGGUCACUCAAUCAUGUCGUAGGAUGAAAGGUCCGAAUCAACACGGGUGACUGGUUGUAUUAUGUAGAAUUUUUUGCGAGUACAGUGACCGCGGGUAUUUGUUAUAUCCGUGAGUAGUAACAUUUCCUUUUUCUAUGUAUUAUUUAUUAGUUCAGGAUAGGUCUUCUUGCACAUCGCGUAUUUUUUUAUAUUAAUGAUACUGACAAAUUUUAUAUUAAUAAUAUCAAUAGUGGUACUAACUGACACAAACGAUGUUAUAUUAACAAUGAAUUUGAAUAUUUGUGAUUGAAAAUAUGUUCAUUGUAAUAAUAACUUUUAAAGUGCAAUUGUAAUGACUUAACUAAAUAUUUCGUAAUAACGAAGACGGAUACCCUCCGACUUCCUUGCUUUAAAAAUUGCGAUUAUUGUAUAUCAAACGAUAAUGAGUCAGUUUUUACUUCACCUUCUAUUUCUUGAUGGCAUUAUUUCAAAGGAUUUUUAAUUGUUUGUCCAUCACUUUUGAAUUUGGAUAUUAAUUUAAAAUAUACAUAUAGAGAUAUUAAAAUUCAAUUCGGUCGUAUAAAAUUGUAUUGAAUUUUAUGUGCAAGAAGAAAUUUCGCGACAGGCAAAUUUUGGAAUCAAAGCAACAAGUUUUGAAUAUUGCUUUGUACUUUUAUAAAUGUGCUUUGACGAAGGGAUUGCCUGAGGUUGUUUCCAUUAAUAUUUAAUUUUGAGUCAAUUAUUAAAUAAAUUUCUUAUUCAGUGUCAGUUUGUCUCUUUUGUACUGGAAUUUCGAUAAUUCAUGAUGUCAAUUAUUUGAAUAAAUCAAUAUAUUGCAUUGACUCUAUUUAUGCUGUUUGCUGUAAAUAAAUUCAAUAUUGAUAUUUUGAUAAUUUAUUAAAUUAAUAAAGUAGAGUCUAAAGUUUUAGUAAUUGAGAUAAAAUCCGAAAAUGCAAAAUGAAGAAAAAUUAGCCCGUUACAGACAAAAUGGAUACACUAAUACCUUUUUUAGUUAGGAUUUUCAGAUUUAACCCUUUCCGUGUUCAUUGUCAGGACCUCACGCACGUGCCCAGGUGCUACUUGGGUGGGAGAAAGGCAAUGAGCACGAUGACCAUUGAUUUUAUAACAAUUUGUGAGCGACUGACGAUGCGUUAGUGUAUCGUGCACGACGUACUUUCCACAUGGUAUGUGUGGUUAGGCUGUGAAAUUGCGUCGUUUUAGUAUAUAGUAGUAUUUUAUUUGCUGUAAAUGUAAGUAAUAAAGAAUAAAGUCACACAAAUAUCGUUCCAAUCACAACCUAUAAAAACAAGGAUUUGUUAUUAAAUACAGCGAAUCACAGAUAUUAGUAUUAUUAAUUUUCUUGUUAAAUUAUAAUAGAAAUUUCGUAUCAUCUAUAAUUUCUUUGAAAAUUAAUCAUAGUCUUUGUAUUAUGAAUAUCUGUAAUUAAAAUAGAGAUUUAUUUUUAUUGUGUUGUACGCAAUGAUCGCUAGCCUUCGUCAGUCGAUUUCAGGAAAAUGGUACGUAAUAUUAGAGUGUGCAUGUUGUAUGCCAAACUCGGGUGUCGGAGGCGUCCCGGGACGUUCUCUCUAGUGUAGGUCCUUGCGCCCGAGUGUCAUGUGUGAGAAUCGUGGAGUGAGUGUGUUGGUGUGCCCCUUUUGCUAUUUUUAAAUAUAGGGCUGGUUAGGAUAGGUAAUAUACCUUCUGGUGUGCCUGUUCAUUAAUUAUAAGUAGGUAGGGCCGGGCAGGUUGGCACAGUCUUUUGUCGGGUAGGCGCGUUUUCGCGUGUCCAACCUGUUUCAGGAAAUUUCAUUUGAAAAAUCGACGGCAAAGCUGACACGAACGAAACAUGCCAUUCGCCUUCGGCUUCGCCCAUCGAUUUUUCGAAUUUCGUGGUCGUGGUCGCGAGUUGGCUUCGAAACGAACGUUAAUAUUGCUCGAGCAUGCACAUGUGAACGGACAGCGAUCGCUAUAUGAUCAUUGUUUAUCCAUGUGCACUUGGAUCAGCUUCCGCGAUUUAUGUUUUUAUUUGUAAAUUAUUUUUUGGUUUUCGAUUUAGAAAGUCUCGAGCCUAGAUAUAAGUUUCAGCGGGCAUUGCGCCCGAAGAAAGAAGCUAUGAGCCGAAGAGGCCCGGCAAAUUGCCAUAGAAGAGGGCAACUACUAAUGGCUUUCCAUCCUCUGGAUCAUCCAGAGCAUGGAAAGACAUUCUCGUUAUUACUUUGUCACUGUACUCGCUUGUAGUAUUUGUAGUAGUAUUAGAUGUGAUUGAUUUGUUAGCCGACGUACAUGUCGGCUCAUCGCCAUAUUGGGCUAAUCGCGGUCUUUGAAUUAGCGUUGCGAGAGAUUAAUUACGGUUUGAGUAUUAGUAUUAAAGUUGCAAAAAUAUUUCGCGGCUUUUUAUUAGAGUAAUGGGAGCUUAUGGAUUGAAUAGAGUUGCGAAAAAAUGAUAAUCAUACUUCCCUUAGUGUUGCGAAUUAUGAACCGCGAUUGUCUUUAACAAGUUUGAUCAUAGAUCGAUAGUUUGAUCUUAGAAAGUAAAAUACAUAUUAAAAUUUUAUCUUAUUUUUUAUCAUUUAAAGUUUAAUUUAGAAAUAUUAACUUUUCAUUAAUUUUAUAAAUAAUACUUUCUAUUAAAUUUGUUUUAAGAAUCAGUGUUGCGAUCUUCUAUCACGAUUGUUUUAAUUAGUUUCUAGUUAGAGUUGCGCUGAAGAAUGAUCGCGUUUUUUCAAGUAGUGUUGCGCCUAUGUUAUGCCCAAUCUUGUUCCACUAAACUUGUGGAAACACUUUCCUGCUCCUGGAUCAUCUGAUUCAGUUACAGUAGCAGCCUGUUAUAUGACUGUACUGGACGUCUCGUUAUUAGUGUUGCGAAUGUUUAAAUAUGAGUGCAAAGAUUAUUUAUAACUAAAAUAUUUUACUUUUGCUUUUGAGAGUUUCCUACUUUUUCUUUUUUUUCUUUUUUUUAUUUUAAAUAGCAAACUAAUUAUUAUUGCAAAUAUUACAUGAAGCACUCUUCGCGACUUAUACUGUGGAUUUUCUAUGUUGUGUAUAUUUGAAUUUAGUAUAUUAGCGUUGCGAGAAGGAAAAUAUAUUCCACUCACGGUUUAUGGUUCGGGAUUAUAUCGAGUGGAUAAUGAUUCUAUUUUGAUGGCCUUUCUGGCCACUGAUUUGUUCUCUUUUUAGUAUCUACCUCCCCCUCCCCCCAAAUUAUGAGAAUGUUUGUUAAUGAAAAUACUGUUAAAUAUGUUUGUUUGUUACUGUAAUAACGAAUAUAUCUUAAUUAUUGCUAUUUUUAAUAGCGCAAUAUUUUGCAUACACUUAAUUUAUUGAAAGACAUAAAUAAGAAUUCAGCCUUUUCUUUUUAAAGCUAAUGACAGUGAAUGUGCGUUAUUAUAGUCUUAUUUUUAAAAUAAAUGCCCCUAAUGUCUUCUUAUCGGAUGUUUUUUUAAGUACUGAUGCAAUAAAUAAGUAUGUUCCAGAUUUACUAACUUGUAAGAAGUAUCUAUUACAUAUAUGGAAUUGUAAUAAUGUCCCCAAUACGUGCGAAGAAGUGGCUCAAAAGUGGAAUGGAUUACAGAAAACGAUUAGAAGAGAAGAGACAAAUAUGGAGGAAUGAUGUUUAAGCCUCUAUUAUUGGGGCGAACAUGGACACGUCGCCUACGUUGAGUAUCGGUGGCUCGAGGGCUAGAGCAGCGCUUUUGACUACCAGUGGUACCGGGACCGGAAGUACCGAUAGACGUGUCGUCUUUUUAGCUAGUCAACCGACCGUUGGGAGUAGUCACGAGACCAAGACUUGGCCGCACCAUUGGUCACCGCAUACGACCGGUAACAGUUACAAAUCGCCCGAGGAGUCGCCGCAUUCGGAGCACAGCAGAUUGAGAAUGUCUCGAGGGCAGUCAGGCUGGUCGGACGAGCCGUGCACGUCGACCGGAGGUCGAAACGUGCGACAGUCGGCAGGGCCAUCAUCAAGGACGACACCUCCGAUUCUCGAGGACCGCACUUCCGGCACUGCGUCAUGUAAAGGUGGAUUCAGGUUAGGUGUUUAUGGAUGGAGGAAAAGGUGUUUGUACUCUCUGGUGCUCACUUUGAUGGUCAUCGUGAUCCUGAACCUGGCGCUCACCGUGUGGCUCCUUAAGGUCAUGGGAUUCAGUUCCGAGGGAAUCGGCUCCCUGAAGGUAGUGCCCGGAGGGGUCGAGCUUAGAGGUCAGGCCGCCGUAUUGGAUGCUCUGGUGGCCUCCAGCCUGAGAUCCAGACGAGGAAAGAAUCUGGUGCUCGAGUCCUGGAGCAACUUCACCGCUUCCGCCAGGUCGCACGAUGGCCGAUUGCUCGCUCGGUUCACCGUUGGCGAGGAUCGCGUGGACUGCGUGUCGAGAGGUUUCCGGAUAACCGACCCUCGAGGAGGAGUUCUCUUCUCAGCAGAUAGGGAGCAGGUGGUGGUGGGGGCAGAAAUGUUGAGGGUGACUGGCGACGGGGGUGCUGUUUUCCAGGGCAGUGUUCAAACGCCUCUCGUCAGAGGGGAAUCUGGUCGUGGUCUCAGACUGGAAUCAGCAACCAGAUCCCUGAAGAUCAGCGCUCCCCAGCGAGUGGUCAUUGAAUCCUGGGCGAAUGAAAUCUCAGCCUCCUGUUUAACGGAUCUGAAACUUCAAAGCGUACACGGCGGCAUCAAAUUGGACGCGAAGACUCUCUUCAUGAAAGGCUUGAAGACAGCCAGUCCUAACCAAGCACACUCUUCGAGAGAACAGCAGCAGCAACAGCAGCACUCCACCAGGACGUCCUCUCACCAAAGUCAGAGAGACACGACCAUUUAUCAGUUAUGUGCCUGUGCUAACGGCAAACUUUUUUUGGCUAGGUCCGAAGGGACGUGUCAAGCGGACAAAUCGAUUUGCUAAUACUAAACGAUUAAACUAGACGCGACUGGAUGUUUGAAAAAAUCUAAAUAAAGGAUCCUCGCAAUGGAGAAGACACCGAUCCUACGAUGAAACGCGAUGUAAUCAGAUUGACGAGCGGAACGAGCAGAUGGUGAUCGAAAUUUGUCGCGCGGAAGUUGUAGAAAUUGAUGGAGGUUGCGGUGCAUGGUAGUCGAAGUCCCGAGAUCGCCCGAGGCCUUUCGCUUUUCGCUGAUGUUUCCGCUCUAGAACGACGCGUGGACGCUGGUUCCCAUCGUUUAGGUCCGCGUUUCGCUGUUUUAUCCCGCUGGAUCCUAUGGACAAAGCGUUGGCGCCUCGCGAAAGAUGAAAAGGGAAAAACAAAUGAACACUGUUAGAAACCGUGUUUCCAAUGGCGGUGCUAAUUCCCGAUCGGUGGAUCGACAAACAGCGAAGCUACUACGAAAUGAAUGUAUAUCUUGUAUAUUAACGAAAUGGAUUAUCGGUAGUCAGCGGCUGGUAAUCGAAUCGUCAUCUCGUUCCUGUCUGUCCCUGCCCUGUCAUUAGGUCGAAUCAUUUUCCCCCGCCCAAUUCUCCCUUGCUGGUUUGUUUUGCACAAAAUAUCGUUCGUGUGACCAGUCGAUAGGCAACGAUUUGCAGUUCCUUUGAACCCGAUCGAACGAAAGUUUAAAAAGAAGAGAAUGAGAGAGAGAGAGAGAGAGAGAUGGAAAUGCAUAUGAGAAAGAAAGAGAAAGACGUAUGAAGAGAUAUAUCUUGCCGUGUUAAAACUAUCGUUUCUAGCGUGUGCGCAAAAAUCUGUGUGUUUUCGCCCGGUUCCGGAUACGCCGAUUAGAGUGACACGUCGCGAUUAGAGGAACCUUUAUUUUGGAGCGUGUUUUGCGAUUAAAGGGAGACGCAAGUGUAGUUCACUGUAAAAGGAUCUGAUUGUGUGAUCCAGCUUGCACGCUGUACAUCGGCCAUGUCCAUCUAUUUAUGUAUGUGGCAAUAAAGUGGUUAUUGUUACUAUUAUUAUUAAA